AUGACAGAAAAGGGAACGAAUGUCGAGAUCGCCGCAUCUCCAAAUGCGCCAGCUAUACCACCCUCCGAGGAAAUAGUCUCAAAAUCAAAGCAGUCUCUUUCCGAUAAAUUCACAAUUUUUGCUUCCGGAGCUGCCUUAGUGUCCGAUGGCUACUUCAACAAUAUCAUGACCAUGGCGAAUGUCAUCCUCAAGAAACAGUAUCCGAAGGAGUAUACAGCAGCAACGAGUACCCGUGUGUCGAACGCUCUUCUGGUUGGAGAGAUUUUUGGUCAAGUGACUAUUGGGCUUACAUGCGAUUACUUUGGGAGAAAGUUCGCCAUCAUUGCUACCACUUUGAUGAUUGUUUUUGGUGGUGCCUUAGCUACAGCUUCCAAGGGGGUUACAAUUAAUGGCAUGUUCUGGAUGAUGACUGUUGCACGAGGAAUUAUAGGAUUCGGUGUAGGUGGUGAAUACCCAGCAUCAUCUACAUCCGCCUCCGAGGCUGCAAAUGAGCAUGCCCCCAAAAAUCGCGGUCCAAUCUUCAUUCUCGUCACCAACCUUCCGCUGUCCUUUGGUGGCCCACUAGCUGUGUCAAUCUUCCUUAUCGUACUCGCAGCAUGUGAUUAUAAGCACUAUAACACAGUAUGGCGGGUAUGCUUUGGUCUGGGUUGUGUACUCCCCUUAUCAGUCUUCUACUUCAGAAUAAAAAUGCUCAACAGUACACUUUAUCGCCGCGGAGCUAUUAAAAAAGACGUUCCAUACAAACUUGUGUUACGUUACUACUGGAAAUCUCUCAUUGGAACUUGUGGCGCCUGGUUCCUCUACGAUUUCGUAACCUUCCCCAAUGGUGUCUUUUCAGGCACAAUCAUCGCCUCUGUAGUUCCUUCGAAUCCUAGCACUGUCGUUCUCAAAACUGGGGAAUGGAAUCUGUUACUUGGAACCAUCGCGCUACCUGGUGUCAUCAUCGGUGCAUUACUUUGUGAUCGCAUUGGUCGAAAAAAUACAAUGAUGAUAGGAUUCUUUGGAUACCUGAUGUUUGGUCUCAUCAUCGGGCUAUCCUACCAUAAAAUCACCAAAAUCGUCCCUCUCUUUGUAGUUUUCUACGGCUUGAUGCAAAGUUCCGGAAAUCUAGGGCCUGGAGACAUGCUGGGACUAAUCUCAUCCGAAACCUACGCCACCUCUGUACGAGGAACUUGCUAUGGACUUUCCGCCGCGCUGGGCAAAGUUGGUGCAGCAGUGGGUACGCAGGCUUUUACUCCGAUUCAAACACAUUUGGGAAAGCAGUGGACCUUUAUUAUUGCGGCUAUUUGUGGCGUGGCUGGAAUCCUCGUUACGUAUUUCUUUGUGGAAGAUAUUACUGGUGAGGAUUUGAGUGUUAGAGACGAGAAAUUUAGAGCGUAUUUGGUAGCUAAUGGUUGGGAUGGGGAGAUGGGAGAGGAUGAUUUGAAGGCAUUGGCGGAGGAGGGUGUUGUUACAGAAAUGGAGGUAGAGGGAAAGUAA